AUAAAUAAACGUUGUUCUAUCACAUGAACAUCUAGGCUAAAUUCAAGUUUUUAGAUAAACCCUUACCAUUUAGAUAAUAAUAUAAUAUGUGUGUUGCGACUGUAAUAUCAGUAGAAUUUUGCGUUAGUAUUUAGUAAUAUAUUCAAGUCUCGUGUCUUUAGACUUCAUUCCGAUAGCUGAUCCACAUUGAAAUAAUUUUCAUAAGUAACGUUUAAUAGGUCAUUUCACAUUUGAGUGUCAUUAUAAUUUGGGUAUAACAUGGGUAUUCUUGAAAAAAUAGCCGAAAUUGAAAGGGAAAUAUCAAGAACUCAGAAAAAUAAAGCUACUGAGUAUCAUUUAGGUCUUUUAAAGGCUAAACUUGCCAAGUAUAGAGCCACACUAUUAGAACCUUCUAAAAAGCAAGAAAAAGGCGAAGGUUUUGAUGUUUUGAAAUCCGGGGAUGCAAGAGUCGCACUCAUUGGUUUCCCUUCUGUUGGUAAAUCAACUCUUUUAAGUACAUUAACACAUACAGAAAGUGAAGCCGCCUCUUAUGAAUUUACAACAUUAACGUGUAUACCUGGAGUUAUAGAAUACAAAGAUGCUAAUAUUCAAUUAUUAGAUUUACCCGGUAUUAUUGAAGGUGCUUCUCAAGGAAAGGGUCGAGGAAGACAAGUGAUAGCAGUCGCUAGAACAGCCGAUUUAGUGUUAAUGAUGUUAGAUGCAACUAAACAAGACAUUCAACGGGAACUUCUAGAGAAAGAACUUGAAAGUGUAGGAAUACGGUUAAAUAAACGAAAGCCAAAUAUUUACUUCAAGGUUAAAAAAGGAGGAGGACUAGCUUUUAAUGCUACUUGCCCUUUGUCUAGAGUUGAUGAAAAACUUGUUCAAGUUAUAUUACACGAGUAUAAAAUAUUCAACGCUGAAGUGCUGUUCAGAGAAGAUUGUACACCAGAUGAGCUUAUAGAUGUCAUAUCAGAUAAUCGUGUAUAUUUGCCAUGUAUGUAUGUUUAUAACAAAAUCGAUCAAAUAUCCAUCGAAGAAGUAAAUAGAAUUGCUAGACAGCCAAAUAGCGUUGUAGUCAGUUGUAACAUGAAAUUGAAUCUUGAUUACCUCUUGGAAGUACUGUGGCAGUAUUUGUCAUUAAUUCGGGUUUAUACCAAGAAACCAGGUCAACCACCAGACUUCGAUGACUGUUUAAUCUUAAGGAAAGGAGUGACUGUUGAACAUGUAUGCCAUUCAAUUCAUCGUACCUUGACUGAACAAUUCAAAUAUGCUUUGGUUUGGGGUACCAGCACAAAAUAUUCUCCUCAAAGAGUGGGUUUACAUCAUAUUAUGCAUGAUGAAGAUGUUAUUCAAGUAGUUAAAAAAUAAAAUUUAACAAAAUAUAAAAAUAAAAUAUGUAAAUUAUUUUUUAUUAAGUUAGUUAUGUUUCUUAAAUUUAAUAUUCCAAAAUUCAUUAUAAAUCUGUUUUUUAUACUAUACAUAAACACAAAUAUCUGAUUUAAGAUGAUGCAAUCUGUCGUAGAGGCCCAUCUAAAUAAGUUGAUAAUGCAGUAAUUUUUUCUUUGAGCAAACCAAACUCUACUGAGCGAUUAGCAUACAAACAUAAUAGAAUAUUAGCAACUUGUUUAAUUGCUACUCUUCCUUCCUGUAAUAAUAAAAAAAACAUCUUUUGAACUGUAA